AUGCCCGCAUCUCAAGGAAAUCUGACUGGAACGUCAGACCCCAAAGCCGUCCCUCACGGACACUGGGACUCGUUCCCCGAGGAGCCAUUCCCCCUUUAUGACGGCACCAAGUCGAUCAUCUACCGCUCAGAGGAUGGAAAAGUUGCCGUGGGAAUGUUGCGGGAGAAAGGAAAAGACACCCUCGUCUGGCCGGUGGAUGAGUUUUUGUUUGUGACGGAGGGUUCCAUCGACAUCGAUGUCCAUGGUGGGGAGAAGUUUACAUUGGGCAAGGGAGACAUCAUGGUCAUGAAGAAGGGACAGACGAUUACCUUUGAGUGCAGUGAGGACUUUGCGAAUGUCGCUGUCUUUAUUGACUUGCAAGAAAAGGUUACUCUCGUGUGA